ACCCCGUUCAGAGUGUCAGGGAGUAUCAGAGAUCAGAGAUCUUCGAGCUCUACCAUACAGAAGGCACCAGAAACGUCUGGUCCUCAGGGGGCGCCUCCUUGUUGAUCCAUCCGUUGCCCGCUGGAGGAAGAGGAGCAGCUCUCACCCUGGGGCCCUCCGGCCUCGUAAGAACCACAAGUCCUCGAAGUCCCUUGCCGCGGGCGGUUCUUCCUGCCGUCUAACCUCAGGCGCCAGUUUCUUACCUGCUCAGCGGACCAGGAGGCAAGAUGGCGGCUGGGCCAAAUGGGCUCGAGGAGUGGGUGGGCAGUGCCUACCUAUUUGUGGAGUCCUCGCUGGAGAAGGUGGUCUUGUCGGAUGCCUACGCUCACCCGCAGCAGAAAGUGGCGGUGUACAGGGCUCUCCGGACUGCCCUGGCAGAGAGUGGCGGGAGCUCCGACGUGCUGCAGAUGCUCAAGAUCCACCGCAGCGAUCCGCAGCUGAUCGUGCAGUUGCGUUUCAGCGGGCGCCAGGCCUGCGGCCGCUUCCUCCGCACCUACCGCGAGGGGGCGCUGCGCGCCGCGCUGCAAGGGUGCUUGGCGGCGGAGCUGACCCUGCACUCCAUGCCGCUGCAACUGGAGUUGCGCGCCGGCGCGGAGCAGCUAGAUGCCUUGCUGACCGACGAGGAGCGCUGUUUGAAUUGCAUCUUCGCCCAGAAGCCCGACCGGCUCCGGGAUGAGGAACUAACAGAGUUGGAGGAUGCGCUCAGGAAUCUGACGUGCGGCUCGGAGGGCCAAGGGGGCGACGUGGAGGGCGCUCCGGCCCCCUCGCAGUCCCUGGCACCCUCUCCGUCGGAGGAGAAGCCGCCGCCGCCGCCGCCGUCUGGCCAGACUUUUCUGUUCCAGGGUCAGCCCGUAGUGAACCGGCCGCUGAGCCUGCAGGACCAACAGACGUUCGCGCGCUCAGUGGGCCUCAAGUGGCGCAAGGUGGGGCGCUCCUUGCAGCGCGGCUGUCGUGCAUUGAGGGACCCGGCGCUUGACUCACUGGCCUAUGAAUACGAGCGUGAAGGGCUGUAUGAGCAGGCCUUCCAGCUGCUGCGGCGCUUCGUGCAGGCCGAGGGCCGCCGCGCCACGCUGCAGCGCCUGGUGGAGGCGCUCGAGGAGAACGAGCUCACCAGCCUGGCAGAGGACUUGCUGGGCCUCACGAAUCCCCAUGGCGGCCUGGCCUAGCCUGGUUACCAGAGAAAGGGGCGGUCGGCCAGUUGGCCAGCCAGGGUUUGGAGCACCUGGAUGACUGUAGGGUCCCUUCUGCUGCUACUGCUGACCUCCUGUCCACCCACGGGUCUCUGAGGCCACACUUACAACCAGAGAUGACUGCCCUCUCCAGGAGUCGGACAAGCACCCACAAUGUCUGCUGGGGUGCCACUGGGGGUUCUGUUCUAGAUACUAGGAUAGAGAAAGCGUAUGGGUGACCUGCUGCAAGAGGUCUGCCUCACCUUUUCCCACCGCAGAAGAGGGGCUUUCAGCCAGACCUUACCUCUUCAUUCAUAGAACAAUUUAUUACUAUUCAUUAAUUCAAUAUAAUUCAUUAAGGACCUGCUGUAUCCUAGGCAUCAUCCUGGGUGCUGCAAAUACUGUGGUGAACAAAACACCUGAAUCCUGCCUGUCCCCAGUUCACACUCAGUCUGGGACUCUGAAUAUUAAGAAACAGUAAUAAAAUACUACCAGUUUUUUGAUGUGAAAAAUACAAGGAGUUCUGGGAGCAACUGAGCAGGGGCCUAACCCAGGUUAGGGGUUAGG